AUUCUUACUGUAUGGAUAUUUGAGGACAGCACUAGUGAGCGUCGGGCUUUAAUAUGAGAUCUGUAUAAUAACACACUAGAGGUUUUUGCGCAGAAAUUCCCGCACCGUUCUUCACUCGUAUUGCCAGCGUGAGCACACGAAGCAGGUGCAGUUCUCCAAUGAACAUGGAGAUGGCUGACAUUUGGUGGAACAUAAUGCUGGAUGACCCAUUGGGUCGUUGACUGUUUGAACUGCAAUUUAGUGUUGGAUGUGUGUUCAACCCGACUGAACUUUCACAGACAUCCAGGAUGACUGUGGUGGUGGCUGGAGAUAACAUGGAUGAGACCUCCUCCACAUUGCAGGGGCAUCAGCAGGGUUUGCAGUAUUCCCCCGAGUGCUGUGAGCGGGUGGUUAUCAACAUCUCAGGGCUUCGCUUUGAGACACAACUCAAGACACUCACCCAGUUCCCAGACACUCUGCUGGGCAACCCCAAGAAAAGGAUGCGCUACUUUGACCCUUUAAGGAACGAGUACUUCUUCGACAGAAACCGUCCAAGUUUUGACGCAAUCCUCUACUAUUAUCAAUCGGGUGGAAGGUUAAGGAGACCCGUCAAUGUUCCCUUGGAUAUGUUCUCAGAGGAAAUUAAGUUUUACGAGCUUGGAGAAGAGGCUAUGGAGAAAUUCCGUGAGGACGAGGGCUUUAUUCGUGAGGAAGAGCGCCCCUUGCCAGAGAAUGAGUUUCAGCGACAGGUUUGGCUGCUGUUUGAGCAUCCCGAGAGUUCGGGCCCUGCCAGAGGGAUAGCAAUAGUGUCCGUCAUGGUUAUCCUCAUUUCCAUUGUUAUAUUUUGUUUGGAGACUCUACCGGAGCUGAAAGAAGAUAUGCAAGGACGGAUCCAAAUGAUAGGCAACAGCACAUUUUACUACAAACCAAAUAUUCUUACCGACCCAUUCUUUGUUGUGGAGACACUGUGCAUCAUUUGGUUUUCUUUUGAGUUGAUUGUUCGUUUUUUCGCUUGUCCAAGCAAACCUGCUUUCUUUAAAAACAUGAUGAACACGAUUGACAUAGUGUCCAUUAUUCCAUAUUUCAUAACGCUUGGAACCGAGAUGGCAGAGGAUCCUGAAGGUGGAAAGGAGACAAAGGGUGGAGGGGAGCAGGCCACGUCUUUGGCCAUCCUCAGGGUUAUCCGCCUGGUCAGGGUGUUUCGGAUAUUCAAGCUCUCCAGACACUCCAAGGGGCUUCAGAUCUUGGGGCAGACACUGCAAGCCAGUAUGCGAGAGCUCGGCCUCUUGAUUUUCUUUCUUUUCAUCGGUGUCAUCCUGUUUUCCAGUGCAGUGUAUUUUGCUGAGGCAGAGGAGAAGGAGUCUUUCUUCACGAGUAUCCCGGAUGCAUUCUGGUGGGCGGUGGUUUCAAUGACAACUGUGGGGUAUGGAGACAUGUACCCCAUUACCAUUGGAGGCAAAAUAGUGGGCUCUCUAUGUGCCAUUGCUGGAGUGCUGACGAUCGCACUACCGGUGCCUGUGAUUGUUUCCAACUUUAACUAUUUCUAUCACAGAGAAACUGAAGGUGAAGAACAAGCUCAACUCCUUACUGUGAGCAAUCCAAACAUCGCAUCCGACUCCAACUCGAGUCGGCGCAGUUCCUCUGUUGUCAGCAAGUCAGAGUACAUGGAGAUAGACGAUGACCUUAAAAAUAGCAUUGAUAACUUUAGAGAGGCAAACCUGCAAACUGGGAACUGUACAGUUGCAAAUCAGAACUGUGUAAACAAAGGGAAGCUUCUCACAGAUGUAUAGAUCUAUAAUUUCAUUCUAGGGGAUUAAAAGAUGCUACAACUGUACAUAGUGUAGUCUAUUGAUAGUAUAGAAUGCUUUGACUGGGUUAUUUCAUUAUAUACAUUAUGAUUUAUCUCAAGAUAUUAUUUCCUUUAAUUUUUGUCUGAAGAAGGAUAGCAUAAAACUUGUCUAUGGACACUAAAUGCUAUAUAACUUAGAUGUGUUAUUUUGUACCACUUAUAGAACCAAAUGGAAUUGCUGGAACACUCCCCCAUUUGCCAUUGGUCAUCAAACAGAUAGUCCUGCCCCAAACUCACACCAUUGGUGGACUCAGUGUUGCUGUGUAAGGCUGGGGUGCAUUUCCCAUAAGCAUUGUUAGCCAACUAUGGUCGCAAGUUCCAUCGAUAACAACAUAGUUCAACGAUUUGGUGUCCAACCAUAGUUCCAACGAACAUUUGCAAACAGCGUUGCAGUGUUGUGUGGUUUGAACCAGGGGCACCAUUAGGAUUUUUGGGCCACCUGACAACUUUUACUGUGGGCCCCCUAUCUCAUCGCAACUCAUUAAAUAAUUUUUUUCAUAAACAGAAUUUUUGAUCAAUGUAAAGAGAAGCAUGAUCACACAUUCAAUAUGAGACACUAAAACUAAUUUAAAUAUGAAUAAUUUAUUGAAAUAACUCAAAUGGUGCAUUAAACAGAAAUAACUAUAAAUAAUUAAUUAACACAUAUACCUACAUAUUAGAAUGUUUGAUAAUGUAAUUGUAGUAAGUUGGAACUGUGCUUCUAAUGGAAAGGCUUUUUAGGUUUUAAAUGUUGAAUAUUUAAAGGUAAACAAAACCAGCCUGGUUAAGCCUGGUUUAUGACACAUCCAUUCUGAGAAUGCUCACAAGUCAUGCUGCACUGUGCAAGUUGGGAAGUGCAUUCUGCACAUAAAAUAAAAAAGCACUUUUGCAUUAAACCACUGAAUGUCUUAAGAGGGAUCUGAAAUCUUUUAUUUAUAAGUAAAAGCAGUCUUCAUUUAAGUUUUCCGGUUUAAAGUGGCCAUUUAUCGCAAAAUCAUGCAAUGAAAGAGUCAGGGAUUCUGCUGGGUGUCCCAAACUACCCCGACAUUACGGCACCCCUGGUUGGAACUACAGCUCUCCACCUGUGGUUAGAAGCAUAAUAUCUUACAUUUAGUUUGCUGUGUUGCCGUCAUUUGACUUUGCUGAGGCUUCUUUCAUUCUGUAUAGUUUUUUUCUUUCAUUGAAAGAUAUUUGACCCCAUUUACAUCCACGUAAGAAAACAGCUUAUUCCAGGAGUUUUUCAGAAAGUGGCAUGAAACGUCAUAUAAACGCAAAAGCCUUUUCCCUUACGCCAUUUACGGGAAAGAGAAAGUGGUUUAACACACAAAGGUUUUUGCUGGAGAGCAUGACUUAUGUGGCAAAUGUAAACACAUAAGCAUUGUUCUUAUAGGUUUUUGAAGAGCACUGGGGGAACCACGGUGUAUGACGUAAGAGGGAAACACCUCUACUGCAGCGCAAUGCCGCUGCCACUUACACAGUGCAUGUAAAAAAGAAUGCUGCUUUCGUGUCUUAAGAAGUUUUUUCACAAUAAACGGCUUUCUCGUGGCCAUGUAAAUGAGCUAUUAUAAUACGAUCUCCACAGAAGUGCCAUACAAAUAUUGAGAGUUCAUUGCAAAUUUGCCACAAAUUUACCGCAAAUUUGCCACUGAUCAUUUUCACAUGCAAAUUUUACAUUGUUUUGGGCCAUUCAUGGCUGAUUUCUCUUCCCAGUCCCUGAGCAUGUACAAUUGAUUUUUUAUUUAAUUUUUUACCAACAGUGCAAGAUUUGUUUAUUUCUUGUUUGUUUGUGUCUGCCAUAGGUAACUGUAAAACAUUUACAAACUGAAUAUUCAGUGAGUCUCAGUUCAUUAAUUAUGCAAAUCAUGGCAUGUUUUAUGAAACUUUGAGAUCUGUUCGAUGUGGUACUAUGUAUCCUGCUAUAAUUAGUGUUAAAAAUAACUUUUUCCACAUCUAGUCAAACAGACAAUACAACUAUCUACCACUACCCUUAAAUUCUUUCUUUCUUUCUUUCUUUCUUUCUUUUUUUUAGAAAAUAAUCUAUUACAAGUUAAUAGCCUUCAGACCUGAAGCUCACAUAGAGUGUGUCCAUGUGCAAUAAAUUUAGUAAAACACCUCAUACUUGAAGGAAUCAUUUGACAGUUCAAUGAGUAUUCCACAACUACUCAGACUGAGUUUCUUAUACAUCAAGUAAAAUUAAAAACUGCAUCAGCCAUUGCUUUAAAAAACAAAAAACAAAAAAACAAAAACAAACAUUGAAACAUUUACUGUCAUGUUUUCUUUAUUUGAUUUUUUUCUGAGCAUCUUUAUGUAUUCUUUUGUAAUGGCUGUGUGUAAGUCAUUGGUUUCUUUGGAUCUACCUCAGUUUGUUCAUGCAAGUAUGCUUGUGAUUUCAAAACUUCAUAUCUAGUCAAACUGUCCUGUGCAGUAGAUUCAGAGAGGGUAAAGCAAUUGUGUAAUGGAAGUGUUAAGAAUGGUUUUAUAUAAAAAGAAAUCACCUUAAUUCAAAAUAUUUUAACUGUCAUGUCCAUUGAUCAUAGAAGGGAAGACUGUGGCUAGUUGUCAUACUUUGUAGUGCAGUGAAUAUUUCUCAGGGUAGGUGUAUUUUUGAAAGUAAAUUUCUGUAUAGGUACAUAUUGUACCAUAAAAUCUUCAUUGCAAAAAAGCUACAGAACAUUUUUACUGUUAUUACACACAAAUAAAAUACAAGAUAUAUAUUCUAACCUCAUUAGUUGAUUCUUUUCUCAGUGUAGGCUAGUGUGAUUUUCUUGUGUUUACGUGUUUACUCAACAACUAUAGCAAAAGUAUGAUCCUAUAAUUUUUUAUUAGAGAAUAGAAUAAAACGAAAUGUAAUUAUGAGGGUUUUGAACUAUGUCAUACAAAACUACUGCUAGUGAAAACACACAAUUGUGUAAUUGGACUUUUGACUUCCUUGUGACAACUAGCCCUGGUCUUCUCUAAAUUAAAACAAAAAUGAUUUAGAGAAAUCAAAUUUCUCUAGAUUUUUAAGAAUUCACAAUAAAGAAAACAAUUGUGAACUUGGAGUGAUGCUACUGUAGGUAAGCACAACUGCUGAUAAUAUGCACAGGUCUGUAUCAGGGACUGUAAUUGGUAGAAACUGCCAUUACUAUUAAAAAGAUAUGUACAUUGUCUGUUAAGACCUAAAAAUAAUAUCUUUAAUUAGUCUGUAAAUGUUGUCUUUCAAAAACUAAAGCACUUUAAUGAGGGUUUAUGUAUUUCUAGGUUUUGUACAAGAUGAACUAUAGUACUAGUGGAAAAAUAAAGAAUCUAAAGACAAUGUGUUGAUUUGUCUAUAUGUUAAUUGCACUGAAUAAAAAAAAGCAUCCUAA